AUGGAAUCCUCUCCACUAACUCAGCAGACCAGGCCUGAGACCUUCCAGCCUAAGAUAGUAAAGCUCUACGAGUCUCUCCUUUUUAACUCCGAGUAUGCACACCCAACAGAGGGCUUCUGGCGAGAAUUUUUUCUGCUUCAGCCAGAUAGGGCGCAUCUAUCGAAAAUGAUAGCUGGUAUUAGCCCCAACGACAUCUUACAUCUCCAAUCCCAAACUCAACAACUUUUCGCUCGUGCUAUACGGGAGGCAGCCUGCGAUACUGCUCCAACAAAUGCACAUGCCUUGGAGACGUUGACUGCAUUCCUGGCCAGUGCGUUGGCCAAAAAAUACACCAACCCAAGUUCUGAUAUCAUUUCAAUCCUCGCAGGCCUUGAUGAAGUCGACCAUAUUUGUUCCGAAUUUGUAUCCGUUCUUGAUGGCAUUAUACGAAAUGGAAGUUCUUUGGACAUUCGGUUAAAGGCAAUUGACGCGGCCCUGGCAAUGGUCAGCGGAGCUUAUAAAACAGGCAUUAUGUCUUAUUUUAUUCAUCGAGAUCUUUUCCCGUCACUAAUGAGGUUCUUACACGAUUCUGAUACCCAUACGCAAGUACUUAAACCCUUCUUAUUACUUGGCCUCCUAGCCAACUAUAACAAAUUCGAUUUUCAAAACCCUUAUCAGCUGCGGUUGAAUGAUUUCGUAAACGAAGCCACCAUACAGAAGGUGGUUAGGGGAGCCGGUGUUGCAUGCUCUUCUCUCAGAAAUUCAUAUAUCGCUGUCCAAGAUGAUCUUCCUGAGGGAUGGAAUUGGAGUACAACUCUGUCAUUUUUCAGCUUUGGAUUCUUCUCGGCAGGAGGAAAGCCCCAAAACCAGCCUCUCACCGCAGAAGAGAUGAAGGAGCGAUUCAAAGCCCUCCCAUCACCUGAGGCAGCGAUUUUGCUAGCUAUGUAUGAUUUCAUAAAUGCGAACAAGCUCUUCAGCCAUACUCUGGUGACCACUAGCGCCGAGAAGCGAUCCGAAGAGGCACCAUUUGCAAGUUUCCUCUCAUUAACUUCAUACCUACUCCAGCAUGCAUAUCGUUCAACCCGAGUGGCACUGUAUGCGGAGGCCAACCUCUUCUCGCUUCGAAACCUAGUCGAAGACCCGGUCAUCUGUAAGCAGAUCUGUAGCGACGAAAACAAUGCACGAGUGAGACUUUGCCGUCAACGAGCUCCGCACCUCCCCUUAGUAAAUGGGGAGAGAGUUCUCGCAACAGUCAUAUUUGACAUUUUAAUCGAUACGAUAAACCAUAACCUUCGUCGGAGCCUCGAUACAUACUUAUACAGCCAUACGAUUACCGUCCUCUUCCGCCUUCUUACAUAUGCAUCUUCCAAUAAAGCUCGUUUCUCAUACCACUGGUCCGAGCUUUGGCGAACCCUUCUCACCCUCACCCGCUUCCUUACCACGUAUUCCACCGACCUCGUGCAUAGCCCGCAUAUCAAACCCCUCACUUCUGAUCUGGUAGAUCUUAUAAUAUUCUGCAUAUCUGCAGGAGAUACUUUCCUUCCUGAUCCUUCGUCUUAUGAUGAUCUCUUUUACAAAGUUGUCGAAGCAGACUCUGUUCUGACACGUUUCCGUGACGUCUAUAAACACCUAUCGACUCCUUCAUCUCACUCUACCAACUCAACUAUCUCUAUCAAUGCGCUCAUCAGCGUUUCAACUCACUUCCAUUCUCUGCUAUUCGUUUCCGAUUCAACGGAUGCCUCCCGUCCUAGCAGCAAGAGCGGCGAAGCAGCAAACACCUCGCCUCCUCCAACGGCAAAGAAGAAAAGGCUCAGUCCGAGAGAAGUCCAUCAGAUUAUCAAGGAGGGCUAUUCAACGCUUAGUAUUCGGGCAAAUGAUGAUUUAACUAAUUGGGAAAAAUGGCGAGAUGCGGACUGGAAACCGCAGCUAAAGCGUAUUGUUAGAGCAACAGUGGAGGAUGUGACUGCUAUAGUAUCUCAGCCAGGACAGUCACAUGUUUCAAUAGAGACUAAGCACAAAGUAAACGUGUAG